UGUGCUUGAUUCUUUUCCCUUCCCCGUGAUUUUAGCUUCAUCGGAUUGUUGUGAGGUAUAAAAAAUAGGAUGCAACUUGUGAAAAAAUAUGGGCAUGAUGAUUAUGGAUUGAGGCUGGUGAGAACGACGUCGUUUAAGAGGAAAAGAGUAGCUUUAUCAAAUACUAUUUGCAUAGAUUUUGAUGCUCCAACGCCAGGGAGAUCUGCGCUCGAGGAUCUGCCUCAGGAAAUUUUGAUAAGAAUUAUGUGCGGCGUGGAGCAUGAAGAUUUGGAAAGCUUGCUUUUAGCAUCGAAAACAAUGAGAGAUGCGGCUGUAAUCGCAAAGCAAACACAUUUUGCUUACAACACACCCACAAAAAGGGUGAAUAAGUUUGAACAAGAUGAAACUCCCCAAGCUCCCAAGCUGCACCACUCAUUGUGUCGGAGAUUGAGCUUCAAGAAAUUGGUUGGAAUUUCAGUUUGUUUGUUUGCUUCUCAUCAAAGUCAACAACAAGUAGUGGGGCACCAUAGUUGAUUUAUUAAAUGCUUUAAUUAAUUGUACAGAAGUUGUUGUAAAAUUAUGAGAAUUUCAUUAAUUA